AUGGCGGUCGUUACUCCGCCAGAUAGGCAGGCACGACUCAAUAUGAUUACCCAAAUGCUGAGUACAGAUUCGAUUAAACGUUCGAUGCGUCUAUGGAUUGCCCAACUGGGAACCGUCAGGAUGAAGCAGAUAUUUGCUGUUGUUGUCGAUAAGGUGAUGAGCGAUUUUGUGGCUUGGGCGUACGCGGGCACGUACAAUGAGGAAGUUCAAGACCAUUUACGAUACUGGACUGAGCACGUGCUUUCUGUGUGGAUCUCGGUUUUCUUGUGUGUCACUGAUCAGGGUGGUGUUGUGCCUGCGCCAAUCAAUGUGCCAGUACCUGGUAAGGCCCAAGUUGAGCGGUACAAGAACAUGGCAUAUUCAAGACUUUGGGCACUAAGGGUCAACGAGCUGUUCGAUAUUGUGGUUGAUUGGGACGACACAGUUGCCGGUAUCGACGAUAUCAAGCCAUUACUGACUACACCACAGGCACGGCAGUACGUCAGCCAGAAGUUCGCUACAACCCUACAAACACGUUUGCUGCAUCCAGGAGCAAGCACUGUCGAAAUCUUGCAGAUAUAUAUCUCCACCAUACGAGCUUUCAAGGGACUGGAUCCACGUGGUGUGCUGUUAAGCAAAGUGAGCGGGCGAGUCAGACAAUACCUGCGCGAAAGGGAUGACACGAUCAAGCUUGUGGUAGCAGGACUACUCGCCGACCCUUCGACAAUAGCUGAAAAGCGGGCUUCCGAUCAGAACUCUGAUGUGCUCAGUGAACUUGCGUGGGAGCUGCAGCAUCGAGAUCUGAAUGCUGGCAAGAACGUAAAUAGUAUGGAUUGGAACAACAUGAAAUGGCAGCCUGAACCCAUUGAUGCAGUGCCAGACCAAGCUAAAUCGGCGAAGCACAUGGAUGUGAUCGGCAGCGUGAUUAGUCUAUUCGAGAGCAAGGAUGUGUUUGUGAAAGAGUUGCAGGUCACUCUUGCGGAGAGGCUGUUGAGGAACAAGGAAAACUACGACCAAGAAACGUCAGUCAUUGAGCAUUUGAAGAUACGUUUUGGUGAUGCGGCCUUGCAGGCCUGCGAAGUCAUGCUUAAGGACGUACUUGACUCGAGACGACUAGAUCAAGUCAUCAGAAAGGACCAGGGACUUCUACAGGACGAUAGCGACACAGAAGAUACACAAGAGCCGGAGAUACAUGCGAAGAUCCUGUCAAGAUUGUUUUGGCCCUCACUGCCUGGCUCUACUCCAGCCUACGGCGACGACUCCGAAGAAGAGCAACGCUUCAAACCACCACUAUCGAUCCUCCAUCAACGAAACCUAUACGAGCAAGGCUUCGAAAACCUCAAACAAACACGCAAACUCACCUGGAACGACAAUCUCGGCCAAGUCGAAAUCGAACUCAGCUUCGCCGAUGGCAGGACCUACCACGACGAAGUCCUCCCCUACCAAGCCGGCGUCAUCUACGCCUUCAACAACGAGGACGAAGACUCAACCCUAACUGAACCAAUCACAAGAACCGUCUCCGACCUCUCCACUGAACUCACCCUCCCAACCACCCUCGUCCGUUCCGCCUGCCUCCUGUUCGUCUCCAAACGCAUCCUCCAACCCAGCUCCAACAUCCACGACGCCUUCACCGUCCUCGAACACCUCCCUCCCAUCCCCGGCACCCUCACCACAGCCCUCGACCCUUCCACAAACUCCACCACCUUCCCAACCCACACCAACGCCGAUCUCGUUAGUUCCGCAGCCGCAGCACAAGUAGCCGCCGACCGCGCCGCCGAACUCGCGGCGCAGCAGGCGGCGAAAGAAGCUGAGGCGAAGGAGAAACGGGCUAAGAUGGCGGUGUAUCAGCAAUUUGUGAUGGCGAUGCUGACGAAUCAGGGUGCUAUGCCGUUACCGAGGAUUGCGAUGAUGUUGGGAAUGGUUGUGCCGGGUGGGUUUCCGUUUAGUAACGAGGAACUAAGAGAGUUUUUGGCGGGGAUGGUGAGGGAUGGAGGUGUGGUCAUGCUGGGGGCGAAUUAUAAGAAGGCUUGA